GCUUUUUCAAAUUUUGUGAGGGAAAGUGAGUCCGUGCGGAGCGCGAGCGCGUCCCACAAUGCAUUUGCCGCUCAGCGGGAAACAAAAAUGGCGAGAGCGAGCGAGCAAAACCAGCCGUUUACCGUAAUGUAAAACACUUCACGCGUUUGAAUCAUUUCGCAAAAGCAGAAUCAAAACGAUUCAAAGCGGAGCUCCUGUUGCCCGUUUAUGGUGUAUUUCUUUCUGUUUGUGCGAUAUAGUAACCCGGGAAAGUGGCCGAAUGAGAGACUCAGCAAGUGCAGAUAACCUGGCCGCCCAUCAAAAGACACCUCCAAAUCGCCAACACAAGUCACCGGUGCCCUUGUCACGAUUUCCCCUGAAAGAUGGGCAGAGCGACACGGCCAGGCUCGCCAACAAGUUUGAAGAAGGGCAGGACGUUCUUGCCCGAUGGUCAGAUGGCUUGUUUUACCUGGGAACUAUCUCCAAGAUAGAUAAACAUAAGCAUCGCUGCUUUGUGAUUUUUGAAGAUCAGUCUAAAUCCUGGGUUCUCUGGAAGGACAUUCAGACAGUUGACAGACCUCAGAGUCUCCAGGCUUACACAAACCGUAAGUUCCACAUCGAGCCAGGAGACGAGAAUAGGGAAGGGGACAGUGGAGGGGAAAUGCUCUGCUCUAUUUGUCAGAAUGAAAGCUCUGAGCCCCCCAAUGAAAUAGUCAUCUGUGACAAAUGUGGACAAGGAUAUCAUCAGCUAUGCCAUGCUCCCAUAAUUGACCCCAGUGUCAUCGCCUCUGAUGACAAAUGGCUCUGCAGACAGUGCGUGUUUGCCACAACAACAAAGAGAGGCGGUGCACUGAAGAAGGGGCCAAAUGCCAAAGCCCUACAGGAAAUGAAGCAGUCUCUGCCAUACGCCCUUGAAGAUUUAAUGUGGGACCAGGGCCACAAAACCAACAUCCAGCAGUGCUACUGCUACUGCGGAGGUCCUGGCGAUUGGUAUCUGAAGAUGUUGCAGUGUAAUAAGUGUAAACAGUGGUUUCAUGAAGCCUGCAUCCAGUGUUUUCAGAAGCCAAUGCUCUUUGGAGACAGGUUUUAUCUAUUUAUUUGUUCCGUUUGUAAUAGUGGACCAGAGUACCUCAAACGCCUGCCUCUGAGAUGGGAAGAUGUUGCACACCUGAGUCUCUAUAACCUGAGUGUAAUUCAUAAAAAGAAAUACUUUGACUCAGAACUCGAACUGAUGACUUACAUAAAUGAAAACUGGGAUAGGCUUCAGCUUGGCGAGCUUGCAGAGACCCCAAGAGCAGAACGAUAUGAAUGCAUUCUGGAAGCACUUAACAGCAACCUCAACAUGUUCAUGUCAGGGAAAGAGAUUAAGAAGAAAAAGCACCUGUUUGGAUUACGAAUUCGCUUCCCACCGGCCCCCCAGAGCUCUGAGCUCCUGUCAGACCGAGAGCCAGAAAAAGCUUCCCAUGAGAUCAAAAUCAAAGGCAGAAAAGCCUCAAAACCCCCUCUUUUAUCCAGCAUUGUCACUAAUGGAGCAGUGAAGAAAGGAAAGAGGAAGCAUCACACACACUCUUUAGAGAUGUUGGCGAAAUUGAGAAGAUCAAGUGAACUGUUGGCACAGAAUAAUGGGAAGUUUCCAACUCUAGACAAUAACUCAAUAGACCUGAUGGCCUCAAAAAGUGAAAAAUCUUUGCCUUCAUCAAGUACCUCAGAUGUUGAAUCCGUUGGUGCCACCAGCACAAGUGAAACUACCUCAACCAGCCUCUCAAGGCAGUCCAGUUUGGGCAGUACGAGCGGACCACGCACUGGAUGCUUAUGGCCCACCUUCACACAGCCCCCAAUAAAGAGGCGACGGGGACGUCCGCGACGAGCACUGCAGCCCCCAAAUCCAGAGAUUUCUCCUCCCUGCAACCCAGAGCCGCAACCUGAGCCCAGCCCGCUCCCCUCCUGCCUCUACAGCGGCAUGGACAUCAUGCAGGGCCUGGACCCUGACACCCAGCUCAACCACCUCAAGAGCUCCAUCAGCACUUACUUCGGAGCCGCGGGUCGCCUGGCCUGUGGGGAGAAGUACCGUGUACUCGCUCGCCGCGUCACUGACGACGGAAAAGUACAGUACUUGGUGGAAUGGGAGGGCGUCACUGCCUCCUGAGCUUCAUACGGGUGUAUUUCUGGUGAAAGUAUGGUCCGCUUUGGCCCCUGUACUAUAUUUUGUGACAAGUAAGGAGGGAAGUGAAUGUACAUGGAUGACUGAGGUAAUUGAGGGGCCUCAGGACUACCAUAGAGAUGAGACUUUGUAGUAGAGUUUUGUGUGUGUGACCUGUCUCUGUGGAAAUUGAAAUGGACUGCCUUCACAUGGACUGGAUUCACACAUUGAAGGUGGCUGUAGAUUCAGGUUAAAGACAUAAUCAAUUCACUACUAUGUGAAAAUAACCCGAGUCCUCGCUUUUUGUCUCUGAUGUGCAGGUGCCUUAAGGGGUUGUGAAACAGAUACUAUAUAUGCUGCUGGAGACUGAGGACUUUUUUUUUCUACUUAUUCAGUUAAAUAUUUUCUCAUAGCUCACAUUGCCAAGAGGAGAGGGCGCUAUUGUCAUUAGGGCACUUUUAUUUUACAUUUCAAUUGAUUGCACAUUAGUUCUCAUUCUGUACAUCCAGUAUUGUCUCGUCUCAGUUUAAACAGCCUAGCUUGUGAUUUUUUGUUAUGAAAUGAGAUUAUAAUGUUAAAAAAACUAUGUAAAAUGCCACCAAGCAAAAAUUAAAUAUAUGAUUAGCAUUAAUAUUUACAUCAGAUCUUAGUAUUUUCUGGGACGUUCCAAGAUUUUUCUAUUAUUUGUUAUUUGUUUGUAAUUUGUCUCCUGAGGGUCCCCUUUUUUAUCUUUUUUUUUUUAAUUAAAAAAAGUAUAUCUUUAAAGCAUAUGACAGAGCGCUGUAGCAUUGAGAGGUCUUCGUAUAGCCCCCCUUUAAAAAAAAAACAUGUUCAGCUGUUGAUAUCUGCCAUGGGAAUUUAAGUUUAAAGUAAGAGGGUUAUGUACCAUUUUAGUAUAUUUUUCCUUAUUUUAAAUCCGAUGUCUAAUUUUCAUUUUUUGUGGGGCAGGGAUAGUUUUGUACUAUUUGUUAUACUAUGCAAUGAAUUAAACAGAUCUGUGUAUUUUUCUUAUAUUAUAUUUUAUUUGCAGAUUCAGCUUCUCAUUACAAUCAGAAAUCAGCAGCAAUAGUUUUGUUACAAUUGACUCAGGCUUUUUGUGGUGCUAUUUAUUGCUUUCAAACGGUAUACACUAACAAAUUGUCCAUUUGCGAGAGCACUCAGGAUACUUUACAGCUUCGCUGUAAGAUUUGAUAGGACAUCCAAAUGAGAUUAACUCUCAGCUUUGUAUUUUCAUACAUUUCUAAAAUCCUUGAGUGUUGUUUUUUUUAUUUACGUAGAAAACUUUUUUUUGGCCUGAGAGUGCCCUGUUCUCCAUAAUAAGUUCUUACACCUUGCAGAUGGUGGAAGUAGCCUUUGUUUCAGGCAAGCUUUGGACUUAAACAUUAAUACCUCCUUGUUUCGAGAGAACAAAUUCCUAUAAAUAUUAAGCUCUUGUUAAGUUACCUGUAUGAAGCAUUAUUCAGUUGGUGUACCAGUGUUAGCAAAGCUUGCUUUGUAUUUUACUGGCUUUGAGCAGGCUCCUUUAGCCAAAGAAUAAAGAUCUCAAACCUUA